AUGUCCACGACACUGUCGCUGGCUGGCGUCGCGGCCGCCGCGGCGCUCAAGGUCGUCAUCGCUGGCGCAGCCGGCGGCCUCACAGCCCGCAGGCUCCGCUUGGACGCGCGAGUGCUCACGGCGCUGUCGGAGGUCAACAAGGAGCUCUUCAUCCCGCUCAUGAUCUUCACGUCCUGCGCCGAGGGCAUCACGGCGUCGAUGCUGACCCACCUGAAGGGCGUUCCCGUCAUGAGCCUCGCCUUCAUGCUCAAUGGCCUCGUGUGCGGACAGCUGGCCGCCCGCCUCACAGCUGCGCCGCGAGCGGCACGUCCAAUCACCACCGCCCUGUGCGGCUUCUCCAACGUGGUCGGGCUCCCGCUGCCGCUGCUGCUAUCCAUCACAGCCGCGGUUCCGGCGCUCGCUGGACCCGCAGAUCCAUCACUGCCAGAGGCGCAUGCGCAGAGCCUCGAGUCGCGCACGCUCUCCUACCUCUUCCUCGUCAACGUCGUCAUGAGCGUGUGCAUGUGGGCGAUCCCGCUCAUUUGUCUCACCCUCGGGGCAUCGCUUUUGGUUGGCCGGGCUGCCGACGACACCACCCCGGUCGGUGGAGCAGGCGAACACGGCGGCGGCGCAGGCGGUGGCGGCGGCGGCGGCGCAGGCGGUGGCGGCGGCGGCGGCGGCGGCGAUAAAGUCGGCGGCGGUGGCGGCGGCGGCGGCGGCGGCGGCGGCGGCAGCGGCGGCCCGGGCGGCCUCCUCUUCUCCGGCGCCACGACCCGGCUUGUGCUCGUUGCAAAGCUGCUCGUCGUGCCCGCCGCAAACCUUGGUGUCGUCCUUGCGGCGUUGCGCCUCGGGCUGCUACCGCCAGCGGGCUCCAACCCGCUGCUGCCCGUGGUGCUGCUGAUCGUCGGCGGCUCGCCCACCGCCAUGAACAUGUCCACCAUCUCGACGCUCUCGGGGGUCGGCCAGCGAGAGGUCGCGACCGUACUUUUCUGGCAGUACUGUCUAGCGGGCGUGACGAUGUCGCUCUGGGCGACGGUGGGGCUGGCCCUCUUUUUGCCCGACGGUGGUGGUGCAGGGGCGGAGGAGAUCGAGCUCGGGAGUGGCGAUCUCUGA